AAGAUUUUCUAUUGAUCGGAAGCAACUCGGCCGAGCUUGGCUAAUUCAGUGCCGUCGCUGCGUUCAGCUAUCUCCGAUUGCAGCUCUCAGGUAACUUUCUCGCCAUCAUUCUAAACUAAACCAUUUUCCACUAAGGUUUAAUGUCUCUUUCUUCACCAUCUCGCUUCUUUUCACUGCGAAUUCACGCCAAAAUACACUCCAUUUCAACUCUGCGAUUCGCCUCUGCCUCUGCUUCUGCUUCUGCUUCCGAGGAAUUCUAUGCCCACCUGCACGAAAACCGUGGCAAUGUGGAGAAAACCUUAGCCACAGUCAAUGGCAAACUGGACUCUACGUGUGUCCGAGAGGUAUUGCAUAGAUGUUCCCCGAACCAGCCUCUAUUAGGAAUUAGGUUUUUUAUACGGGCCGGUCUUCAAUCGAAUUACAGGCACAGUGCUUAUAUGUAUGGCAAAGCUUGUGAAUUGUUCAAGAUUAAGCAAGACCCAGGAGUUCUUUUGGAUGUUGUUGAGGCUUACAAAGCGGAGAAGUGCUUGGUUAGUGUUAAGGCAUUUAAGGUUGUUUUGAAUUUGUGCAAAGAAGCUAGCUUUGCUAAUGAGGCGUUGUGGGUGUUGAGGAAAAUGUCUGAAUUCAACAUACGUGCUGAUACUACCGCCUAUAAUGUGGUUAUUAGGUUGUUUUGCGAGAAGGGUGAUAUGGACAUGGCUGAGAAGCUGAUGAGGGAGAUGGGUUUGGUUGAUCUUUUUCCGGAUAUGAUCACGUUUGUGUCUAUGAUUAAGGGGCUCUGUAAUGCGGGUAAGUUGGAGGAUGCUUGUGGGUUGUUUAAGGUUAUGAGGGAGUGUGGGUGUUUGCCAAAUACAGUGGUUUAUUCAGCACUUCUUGAGGGGGUUUGUAGGUUUGGAAGUGUGGAAAGGGCUUUGGAGUUGUUGGGGGAGAUGGAGAAGGAAGGUAGGGAUUGUGGUCCAAAUGUUGUUACAUAUACAUCUGUGAUACAGAGCUUUUGUGAGAGAGGAAAAAGUAUGGAGGCAUUGGGGAUUUUGGAUAGAAUGAAAGCAUGUGGCUGCGCUCCAAAUCGUGUGACAGUUAGUACUUUGAUUAAGGGACUAUGUUCUGAGGAGCUUUUUGACGAGGCCUCUAAGUUAGUUGACCAGAUUGUUGCCACUGGUGCUGUUUCAGCUGGUGAUUGCUACAGUUCUCUUGUGCUUUCUUUGGUAGCAAAUAAAAGGCUUGUUGAAGCAGAGAAGCUCUUCAGGAAGAUGCUAGCAAGUGGGGUUAAACCUGAUAGUGUGGCAUGUAGUAUCAUGAUUAAGGAGAUCUGUCUGGAAGGCCGGGUGCUAGAUGGCUUCUACUUAAAUGAAGAAAUUGAGAAGAUGAGAUUUUCGUUUUUGAUGGACUCUAAUAUCUUCUCAAUUCUUUUGGCAGGACUUUGUCAACAAGGCCAUUUAGUUGAAUCUGAGAAACUUGCAAGGUUAAUGCUUGAAAAAGGAAUCCAGUUGAAAUUACCUUAUGCUGAUGGAAUUGUUGAGAACUUGUAAAAAUUUUGGAGACAGGGAGCUAGUUAUUCAGCUUGCUAAACACUGGAAAGUGACAUAGUGCUUACACGGUUACACACCCAUUUCUAUGCUCCAAGGGGCUUUCUUUGCUUGUUGAGAAAGGGCUCUUUGAGGCCUGUAGUUUUGCUGAAUUCAGGGGGAGGAAGUUCUAGAGAAAAGUUUCCAGCCUUUUCUUUUGCAUAUAACAUCAUGGAUGUUACCAAUUCUUUUGAUUAUGAGUAAGAAGAAGGAACCUGGAAGUGAAUGGCAGAACCACUGAAAUCAAAGGCCGGGUAUCCACACAUGCCAAUGAAAUUCUACAAGGUUGGGCAGCUGUUUCUAGGCUAAUGGCAUACUCUCCAACAGCUUAACUGAUUUUUUGUCUUCUUCUACUUACUUACUACCUUGCACAUAUCCUUUCAAGGUUCCCGUUACCCUUUGCAUGGAGAGAGUAAAGGUUGAACCUUAGUUCAAUGAUUAAAAACAUAAACAACUCUAACACCAGACCACAUAAUUGAUUGAUAGUUGAAAACUAUAUAUGGUUGAUCAACUAUGAGCUAUCCUGUCCUGAAGCAACAUCUUUAGAAAUACAGGUUAUAUGAUUUGCACCUUUUUUUAGAGGUGUUACACUUCCUGAGGUGACUAGUGGUUCUGUCCAGUGACAGUUUCUUUUGUGAUUACAGCACUUUCCUGAGGUAGCAGGGCUCUGAAAGACAGGAUCAUGGGAUGAUUCCAUAGAACUUUCCUAAGGAUCUCAUUCUUCUUCAUAAAGAAUCAUAUUCAUAACAGAUUUUUUUCUUUUCUUUCUUUUUUCUUUUGCACGGUUUCAUCUCAUGCCAAAUGUUAAAGAUGAUUGAUCAUUCAUGAUUUCCCAAAUCCAUAUCCCUGUCCUGAACAAAUAAAAUAGUUAUACUAAU